CCAAACACCUUCUCCGCAGCGUUACAAGACCUGUUGGGAUGUGGAAGGUCCUCCUUUCCACAGGCAGAUGUUAUCAGCCUUGAGUUUCUAGCUGCGUUGUUUUGGAGACCCCUGCACCACUCCCACAGCAUCUGCACUUUCUCAGCGACGCAGAAGCCGUCCCUCAGCCUGUCACACUUGGAACGGCUCCACCAACUUCUCCCACAGCUCAGAGGCAUUCAAAAGCGCAGGAGCCUGGCCCCCAGCCAGCUGGCCAAGAGGAAGGCGGGCGGCGAGGAGGAGGAGGAGGACUGGCACCCGGCCCCGCCGGCGACUCAGAAGAGACGGAAGGCUGGCAGUGAGACGGAGAGCGGGGAAUGCUACAGGUCGCCCUUCCGUAAGCCCCUGGCUCAGCUGACCAACGGGCCCCGCUGCCUGGAUAGCAGUCAGCAUGAGGCUUUUAUCCGCAGCAUUUUAUCCAAACCCUUCAGAAUCCCCAUUCCAAAUUAUAAAGGGCCAACGGGCUUGCGGGCGCUGGGUAUCAAACGGGCAGGGCUGAGGAGUCCUCUUCACGACCCUUUUGAGGAAGGAGCUCUGGUUCUGUAUGAGCCCCCAGUGCUGAGUGCCCACGAACAGCUGAAAAUAGACAAGGACAAAGUACCCGUCCAUGUUGUGGUAGAUCCUGUCCUCAGCCGUGUUUUGCGGCCUCAUCAGAGAGAAGGAGUGAAAUUCCUCUGGGAGUGCGUGACGAGCCGGCGGAUCCCUGGGAGUCAUGGCUGUAUCAUGGCAGAUGAGAUGGGGCUGGGCAAAACCCUGCAGUGCAUCACUCUCAUGUGGACACUGCUCCGGCAAAGUCCAGACUGCAGGCCUGAAAUUGAGAAAGCCAUGGUGGUGUCUCCCUCCAGCCUGGUGAGAAACUGGUACAAUGAAGUAGAGAAAUGGCUGGGGGGAAGGAUCCAGCCGCUGGCCAUAGACGGAGGCUCCAAAGAAGAGAUUGACCGUAAGCUAGUUGGCUUUAUGAACCAGCGUGGUGUGCGAGUGCCUUCCCCCAUCCUGAUCAUCUCCUAUGAGACCUUCCGACUUCACGCUGAGGCACUACAGAAGGGCAGUGUUGGGCUGGUCAUAUGUGAUGAGGGCCACAGACUGAAGAACUCUGAAAACCAAACAUACCAGGCUCUCAACAGCUUAAAUACACCUCGGCGAGUCCUCAUCUCAGGCACCCCCAUUCAGAAUGACUUGCUCGAAUAUUUCAGCCUGGUGCACUUUGUCAAUUCCGGCAUCCUAGGGACUGCACAGGAAUUUAAAAGGCAUUUUGAAUUGCCCAUCUUGAAAGGCAGAGAUGCAGAUGCGAGUGAUGCUGAGCGACAAAAAGGAGAAGAGAGGCUUAAAGAGCUGAUCAGCAUUGUGAACAGGUGUUUAAUCCGAAGGACUUCAGACAUUCUCUCCAAAUAUCUGCCGGUGAAGAUAGAGCAGGUGGUCUGCUGCAGGCUGACACCUCUGCAGGCUGAGCUUUACAAGAACUUCCUGAAGCAAGCCAAGCCAGUAGAGGAGCUGAAGGAGGGCAAGAUCAAUGUGUCAUCUCUCUCUUCCAUCACUUCCCUGAAGAAGCUCUGCAAUCACCCUGCCCUUAUUUAUGAUAAGUGUGUGGAAGAAGAAGAAGGAUUUAUGGGAGCCUUGGAUUUGUUCCCUGCUGGCUACAGCACCAAAUCUGUGGAGCCCCAGCUUUCAGGAAAGAUGCUGGUUUUGGACUACAUCCUUGCUGUUACAAAAAGCACCAGUAAUGACAAGGUGGUUUUAGUAUCUAACUACACUCAGACUCUGGACCUAUUUGAAAAGCUCUGCAGGAGCAGAAGGUAUUUAUACGUCCGGCUGGAUGGCACCAUGUCCAUUAAAAAGAGAGCAAAGGUCGUGGAGCGAUUUAACAGCCCCUCAAGCCCCGAGUUUAUCUUCAUGUUAAGCAGCAAAGCAGGCGGCUGUGGUUUGAAUUUGAUCGGGGCUAACAGGCUGGUUAUGUUUGACCCAGACUGGAAUCCAGCUAACGAUGAACAGGCCAUGGCUCGUGUGUGGCGGGAUGGCCAGAAGAAGACAUGCUACAUCUAUCGACUGCUUUCAACAGGGACCAUAGAGGAGAAGAUAUUCCAGCGCCAGACCCACAAGAAGGCACUCAGCAGCUGCGUGGUGGAUGAAGAGCAGGAUGUAGAAAGGCACUUCUCACUCGGGGAGCUCAAGGAGCUGUUCACGUUGAAUGAGACCAUCACCAGUGACACCCAUGACAAGAUCAAAUGUCGUCGCUGCGUGAAUGGCCACCAGGUCCGGCCCCCUCCUGAAGGAUCUGACUGUACCUCUGACCUAUCCCAGUGGAACCACUGUGCUGACAAGCGGGGGCUGCAGGACUCUGUGCUGAAGGCUGCAUGGGAUGCUGCUGUCACGUUCACCUUUCAUCACCACUCCCACGAGGAGCAGCGAGGGAUUCCCUAACAGGUUACUGUCCCCUGUGGGGGCAA